AUGAACCACACGCCGGGAGCAAGUUGUUGCAGACACACUCAGCUUCACCAAUGUGCUGGAGCAGCGCCACAGCACAGAGGGCUGGCAAUGCAAGAUGCAGAUCGGGCGGUAUGCGCUGCACAUCCAUACUUGCCCCUCAUCGCCGUCAGCACAGGCGAUGGCGAGCUCUUGCUCUACGACGCUGCGUCAUGGCAGAAGCUGCGAGCCGACGCUUGCGUCGGAUGCCUUCAGCUAGCAUGGCACCCUCGGAGGCCCAGCGUGGCGGUGCUGCGACGGUCGACGCUGCAGAUCUUCUCCUCCGAGAGGACAGACGAUUUCCACUUCCGCAGCUACACUGUGACACUCCCUUGUUCUGCCUCAGCCGUUUGCUGGGCGCGGACGCAGCUGCUGCUCGGGGGAGAGAAGUUAUGUGCUUGCUCUCUGGAUGCCAGAUUCAGCUGCAUCGGAGAGCCCGAAGUUCAACCGGUGGACGAUCCCAUCGUCGAGCUGCAGAUGGAGCCUUCCGAGCGCUGGGCCGCCUCUGUGCACCGCAGCGGCUGGUUGUUGGUUUGGUGGGCCGAAGAGAAGGCAUCAGGCUCCCGCAGGCAGCCUUUGAUGGGUUGCUGCACAGAGGCUUUGGAAAAAGACUGUGUUGCGGCUCGCUGGGCCCCUCGAAGGAGGUGUCCACCUUGCGCAGCCCUCUUGGCCGCCCAAAAUCAACACGGCACGGUCACUGUGUGGCGGGAGUCUUCAUUUGAUGAAGGCUGCUGUCUAGUGGCAGAGGCACGCUGGAGCAUCCCUGGGUUCAAUGCACUCAGUUGGGUGGUCCCUGCUGAUUGGGAGUGCGAUUCAGAGGACGUCGACUGGUGGGAGGACAAAGUGCCAUUGCGACCCACACAGCACGGAGUGGCUGCGAACACAGCUCUUUCCGCCAGCCUGGUGGUGUUGGGCGUAGACGGCCUGACCCUUUUUUCAUUGGAGUCUGCUAAUGCAGCCUUGCCACUGCAGUGUCGCAGAAGACAGAUCGCUGGCUGCCCAUCAGUGGCCAUGCCAAGCCUUUGCAGCAGCCAGACCUUCAGUGUCGGAGGAGGAUUUCCAAACUACUGA